GAUGAUAAUUAGGCUGGGCUGCAUCACCUCUUCCCCGGAUGGAUGACUUCAUUCUUCCGCCUGGGUUUCCUUUAUGUUGGUGCUGGGGUCCCCGGUCCUCUCCAGAGCUCGGCAAACACGCUCACAAGGCAGGAUCUCCGCCAGCGCCGGCAGGGCAGUGACAAGCGCCCCGGCCACCGACUAACCAGCCCAGGAUUACCCGUCCCGGAGCACAGUCGCCGCAGCCCCUCUUUGGUGCCACCAACCCUGCACACUCGCUCGGUUUUGCGGGAGAUUUCUUUCUUUUCUUUCUCCUCCCUCUCUCGCUUUCUCCUUGCCGCUUGAUUUCCAUUCUUUGGAGGCGCUAUGUCGGAGAUACUGCCAUACAGCGAAGAGAAGAUGGCUCACUUUGGGGGCGAGAAUGAAGUCAACCAGCUCUCCUUCAGUUGCCGCCUGCAGGACACCGACACUUUCUUCGGCGGCUCCCAGGCCAAACGACCCCCUAAACUGGGGCAGAUCGGCAGAGCCAAGCGAGUUGUUAUCGAAGACGACAGAAUAGAUGAUGUUCUGAAGGGGAGGGGCGACAAAACCUCGUCUGGAGUGUAAGCUGAAAGGGCGCUACCCUGACUCCCAAACUUUUGAAAGCACUUUUGGGCUGUGCAUGCGUUUAUGGAUUGUUUAGAGAGAUUUUGGGUCUUGCUGACGAAUCUCCAAUCCAAAUAAAUGCACACAAAUUGAGGAGCUGUCAAUAUCAGCACCAUUAUCCAAGGCACACACAGAUCAAGUAGCUGUCCAUUUCAGAAUAUCACUCCAAGCGAAACGCACAGAAAUGGAGCGCCGAGGUCAACAAAACACCGUCUUCUCUCAGCCGAUGCACCGAGAUUGGGGAGCUGUGCAUUUCCGAAUUUACCACAGACUUUACCACUAACACUCCCGUUAAUCGGAGACAAUGGCAGUCAGCAAAACAGACUCGAUGGCGGAAGGAAUGAAAGCACGAGGCAACGGGCGUAAAGGAAGGAUUUGUUUUUGCAUCAAAAUAUAAAAUUAAAAAAAAUAAUAAUUCAUCUUGUUGCAUGAGCUUCCGGUCACAGUGCCAAUAUUGAUGCCAACAGUCAUUAACAGUUCGGCACGCUUCUUUCUAAUGGAAUUCUUCGUACUUGUAUUUUUAUAUCUAAAUCUUUGUAAAAACAAAUGCUAGUCUAUGUAUUGUAUUGCAUUAAAAAAUGUUUGUAUUUUUGGUAAGGAUGUAUUGACCGGGUCCAUUGACUUGAAAGACUGGUUGACUUUGGUCUAUCCUGAAUCAGUAUUGGAAAGAGACUUAUUGAAUGUCAUUUAUGAAACCUCUUAGUCUUUUACUUGUUUAUUUAAUUUAUUUUUAUUUGCACACAUCAAUGCUAAAAAUCUGUAUUAAAAAUAUAUAUAGUGAAUAAGCAUUGCUGAUGGAUUUGUGAAAUUUAAAGGUUUAUGAGGAAUACUAAUGCACUGUUUAAGAAGUUUAAAAUAAUGCGCUGUUAACAUUGACUAUUCUCUUUUUUGGACUCUUUUGAAGCUGUGUUUUUUUAAUUUAAUUUUGUAACCUUUUAUGAAGCUUAAUCUCGUUAUCUGUGCAUGUUUACAUGAUGCGUAAUUUUAAAUGAAGAAAUCAUUCCAAGAUAUAUAAGAGCAAAAAAAAUUGUAAUGACAUUCUAAGAAUGAAUCAUUGUACAUUUUAUGACCAUUUUCACUGUACUUGGUGAAUGAAUAAAUGGUUGAAGGCUG